AUGUGGCUUUGUUCUGACCAACUUUUAAUAAGGCCUAAAAAACGGGGCGGAGGUUUCGGGGAUGGGAGGCACGCCCGCCCACCCGUCUCCCCCCCCCCCCCCACCCGGCAGGGAGGUUGGACCCAGCGGGGGGUGAGGGGUGUGGAGAACGGUGAGGGAGACGGGUGGGGAAAAUGUAGGGGAUCAUCCCGUCCCCGCUCCGUGCGCCCGCAGGCGGCGCGGCCCCACCACGCCAGCUCGGUGCGGGAGGCAGCGGCGGGCAACAGACAAGGCUUUAACUUCCCAACAGCCCGGCGCACAAAACCCCGCGGAAUAGGCCACAGCCCAGACCGAGGAGGCAGAAAGAGGCAACAAGCGGAGAGAACCCCUCCUCCCCCCUCAGACAGAGAGUCGUUACACCCCCGGAGAGAGAGACGGCGGGGGGGGGGGGGGGUGGUGGGGGGAAGGAGGAGGAAGCGAGCACCACCGCUAUCCGGCCCAGCGUCACUCACACACGGUGCCCGGUGCCGAUCGGAGCGGCGGCCUCUGGCUCAGCCCCGACCCGCGUCCAGUAGCGCUCCCUCUCUCCCGGACAAAUAUCAGCUGUGUCCACCGACGAGCACACCGGAGAUUCGACCCUCCCACCCCCCACCUCCAGAAGACAGGAAAUGGCAGAAGAGGAAACAAAAGUGAAGAAACUACUGCAGUGAGAACACACAGAUGAACAAGAAGUGAAGAAGAAAACUUAUAUUUAUCUCAAGGCACAAGUAACCUGAAAUGGAGGUAUGUCACAAGAAGAAACAGCACACACCUGUGGGAUGCAGCCAGGUCUGAGGCAUAAGUAGCAAGGCAUGGGGACUCAAUGGGGAUGCUUGUGAUCCAUUCUGGCAAGGACUCAAACAAGGACUGUGAUCAGAAGACUUUUAUGAGGAGACUGAUGUGGAUGCCCACAGAGAUGGCUGGUGCAAUGUCAGAUCUGCCUCACUGAAUGCAGGGAAUGGCAAAAAGUUAAUGUGUAGCGGCUGCUACUGUGAUGCGAAAAUAAAGACGUGAGCCUGU